AUGUUCUGCACUGAUUGGACUCCCUUGACUGCGGCGGUCUUUGCUGGGCACGACGAGGUGGUUCAGGUCCUUUUGGAGGCCCGGGCCAAUGUCAACGAGGUGUGUUGCUGCUGUACCUCCAGUGGGCCCUACAGCUACUGGUCGGCGCUGGACAUUGCCAGAGCUGGGGAAACGCUUCCUUCCGAAAGGGAUCCGCAGAAGCACAAGCAGCCCAGGCAUCCCGGCAUCGAGAAAGUGCUGCUGAGCGCUGGGGCCAAAGUGGGGUCCAAGCUACCCGAGCCGCCGCAGAUGAAUACCUACGGCAACCUGCCUGAAGGCAAUCAGCGGCGGAACCCCUGCUUAGACGAGCAUGGCUUCCCCGUGCGCCCGAAGCACCUGUACAGCGAGGAGGAGGAGUUGCAGCGCAUGAGCGCGCUGGGUGCGCCCAAGUUCAGCCGGCACCCAGGCGGUGGAGGCGGCUGCCCCAUGACAAGCAUGGGAAUGAUGGCCGUGAGCCAGACGGAGGGAGGCCCACGAAUCUACAGCGGUGUAGUUUCCACGAGUCAGACCAAAGCCGACGCAUGA